GUUGCCAAAGGAUAGUUAACUUACACAUGUGAAGUAUCGAAAUCAUUUUAAAAAGUGAACGUUUAUCGUACAUCUGAAAUAAACAUCUGUAUCGAACGGAAUUUAGACUUCACUUUGACUGACAAUUACUGAACCCGGUGCAGUCUUCAAAAUUGGCCUCAGUUUAUCUGUCUGUUCACUCUAAACGCAAACAGCCGCAGUCGCACAUCGUACGCUUACCUCAAGUGAGAUUCAUUCUUAGUGCCUCUCUUAUUUAGUUAUAAAAAAAUAAUAGUUUGGAGACACUGACUGGUUUUGCCGUUUAGUUUAAUUGCUUUCCACAUUCACUUUCUUGCUUAUUCACUUACUAUAUCACCACAAUGCUAUGCUUUCAUGUAGAGUGCCUUUUUGUUUCUUCUACUGACAUGUGUUCUGUCAGAUGUUUGGUUCAACAUACAGUUUAUUUGUAGAAAAUUUUAGUGAACAGUUUAACAAGAUACCUAGUUUGGCUUCAUCCCAAUGCAUCUUGGACUCUUGAAAACAAUUAUAUCAAAAAAUCUGUUAAUAGUUUAGCCCACAGUCAUAUCAUUCAAGCCCCUUUGCAUCUAUUGUCCAAGCUAUCUUUGGUUUCCUCAAAUUACAGUUUCUUUUUUUUUAAUUCCUGUUGUUCAAUCACUUUAUUUCAUAAUGUUGCGCUGUGUUAAACGCAAAACUAGUAAAAGUAGAACACCAACACCAAGAGGUACAGAUGAAAGAGGUUGUUCAACAUUACCACGAAUGGGUCAUCGAUCAGAAAGUGACGAAAAUAUUUCAGAAAAGCCAUCAUCAUCUUCCAGACCAACAAGAUGGACAAUGGAAAAAAAGUCAGCCACUUUAACAGCUGGUUGCACACUAUCUUCUGGGAAUGAAACGAAAACAAAAAACAAAACUCUCACAUUUCUACGCACGUUGUCUCUGGGUUCCUUAUUCUCGCCAUCAAGAAGACGUCGCAAAGAUGAUUCUACUACUGCUUAUUCUUCAGGUCUAAUGUCGCCUGACGUAGAAUUACAAACAUUUUCUAACGAUUCUCAUCCGAAUAUCCAACAGGGACAAGACGAAACUGAUCUAAGUCCAUCUGAAGGAUCUCUAACACCAACUGCAGAAGAAACUUAUCAACCUCAGUCUAAACAGAGUCACAAACAAGAAUUGUUUUUGGAAAAAUUAACGAAAGAAGCCUUCAACUUUUCAAGGGAUGAUAAAAACAAAACACCAACUGAUGAAAAUGCAAAUAUUUUAUCAGAAGGAAAACACUUCCACAGACAUUUAGAUGAUCAGCAUGAUUCAGGUAGAAGUUCUACCAGAGAAUCAGCUGAGGUUUCUGUAGCGUCGGACAGAUCAAAAAGAAAAGGCCCCACGAGUGGGGUUCCUAAUGAACCAGAGAAACAAUCAGUGGUGGUGCACAAAAUUGCUCCUAUUGCAAUAGAUUCGAAACAGGCUGAAGCAAACCAAAGUUUCCUUCGUGCAGCCAGAGCAGGAAAUUUACCAAAAGUACUUGAGUUGCUCAAUACAAUAACAGAUAUCGAUGUAGCAAAUAACAAUGGGUUAAAUGCACUACAUUUAGCCUCCAAAGAAGGGAGAACUGGUGUUGUACGCGAACUGUUAUCACAUGGUGCAUCAGUUCAUUUAAUAACUAAAAAAGGUAAUACUGCUCUGCACAUAGCCAGUUUGGCGGGCCAUUUAGAUAUUGUAAAGCUUUUAAUCGAUUGUGGUGCUGAUGUCAAUGCUCAGUCUCAGAACGGGUUUACACCGCUUUAUAUGUCGGCUCAGGAAAACCAUGUUGAAGUAGUUCAGCUACUCUUGGACAAAUCUGCUAACCAGGCUUUAUCGACGGAGGAUGGUUUCACUCCACUGGCAGUGGCAUUGCAACAAGGUCAUGAUCGUGUGGUAAGCCUGUUACUGGAAAGAGAUUCCCGUGGAAAAAGUCGCCUACCUGCCUUACACAUUGCAGCCAAGAAAGAUGACGUACAUGCUGCUAAUCUGCUUCUUAGUAACACUGAAAUUAAUGUGGAUCAUACAUCAGCUAGUGGAUUUACACCUUUACACAUUGCAGCUCAUUACGGAAAUGUCAACAUAGCACGACUUUUAAUAGAAAGGGGUGCAAAUAUUAAUUACCAAGCAAAAAAUUACAUAACACCAUUACAUGUAGCUGCAAAAUGGGGUAAAAAUGAUGUCGUCAAUCUACUCAUUCAAGCUGGGGCCGAAGUGAAUUCUCGAACUCGUGACGGACUAACACCCUUACAUUGUGCAGCACGUGCUGGUCAAACUAGUACUAUGGAGUGUUUACUGAAACGCGGAGCUGAUGUAUCGGUGAAGACGAAGAAUGAUUUAACACCUUUACAUAUGGCUGCACAAGGUGACCACGAACAAGUUACGCGCUUAUUACUGGAGAGUGGAUCUAAUCCGAACGAUGUUACUAUCGAUUAUCUUACACCUUUACACGUUGCAGCUCACUGUGGGAAUGUGAAUGUUGCACGAACAUUACUGAAUUCACACUGUGAUGUCAAUGCGAGAGCUUUGAAUGGAUUCACUGCACUUCAUAUUGCAUGCAAGAAGUCAAGAGUUGAAAUGGCCUCACUACUUUUGAAACAUGGAGCUCUUCUUGAAGCUGCUACAGAGACCGGAUUGACGCCGUUACAUGUGGCUUCAUUUGUCGGAUGCGGAGACAUUGUUUCCUUUCUUUUACAACAUGGUACAAAUGUGAACCAAACAACUUUGCGUAAUGAAACUGCUUUACACUUAGCGGUUAGAAAUGGACAACUGGAGACAGUCAAAAUACUACUUGGAUAUCAAGCAAAUUUAGAUUGCCGCACAAGAGAUAAUCAAACACCUCUACAUGUAGCUGUGCGCACAAAUCACUCUCCGAUAGUUGAAUUAUUGCUGAAAGCUGGUGCUGAUAUUAAUAUGAUGACCAAAGAUAACUAUUCAGCACUGCAUAUUGCUACUAAAGAAGACUCACAAGAUAUUGUUCAGAUGUUAAUUGAACAUGGAGCUAAUACAGAGGUGAAAACCAAGAAAGGAUUUACACCGUUACAUUUAGCAGCAAAAUAUGGUUCAAGUAGGAUAACUGACCUGCUGCUAAACCACGCCAAGUCUGAUCCAAAUGCAUCUGGUCGUAAUGGUUUCACACCUGUACAUGUAGCGACGUACUAUAAUAAUAAUCAGGUACUAAAGAAACUGAUCGAAUGUGGAGGAGAUGUUAAUCGGCCUGUAAGAAAUGGUUUUACACCUCUGCACUUAGCAGCUAAACGGAACAAUUUAGAAUCAGUUCGUUUGUUAGCAUCUAAAGGUGCUGUGAUUGACAGAGGAUCAAGAAGUGGUUACACUCCACUUCAUUUGGCUUCACAAGAUGGUCGAAUAGAGAUAGUUAAACUUCUUGUUGAAGAAUAUAAAGCUCAGGUAGACUGUGCAGCCAAGGAUGGGUUAACUCCACUGCAUUUGGCAGUACAGGAAGACAAAGUGAAUGUGUCUGAAUAUCUGUUGAACUCAGGUGCAUCCACAGACACAAAGACAUUAGAAGCAGGGUUUACACCAUUACAUUCAGCUGCAUACAGGGGUCAGUUGGCUUCUCUUCGUCUACUUCUUACACGAAUAUCUGAAAAAGAACUUCCACAGGUGAUUAACAGUCGUACUCAUCUAGGAUCAACUCCACUACAUUUAGCAGCACAACAAGGUCAUCUUCAAAUAGCAUUAAAACUAAUUCAAAUGGGAGCUGAUCAAAACUGUCGAAAUAAGCAAGGAUGGACAGCGGCACAGAUAGCACACAAACAACAUUACCUAAAUUUGUUUGAGACACUGCAAGCAAUCACAACUGACGCCAGCGACUGGGCAGUGCCGAAUGUGAACGGAACAGACGUUGACGGUCAUGCAGAUGGUGAUGCGGACUUAGUCAAUGGAACAGUAGUCUUAGAGAAAGCGGAGCAUAUGACUGAUCAUAUAAUUUCAGACAGUGAAGAAGAAGGUGCUGAAAUUUUGUCUACACCAGCCAUGUUUCGAUAUCCAAAUAAAAGUAAACAAAAGCUGGAUGGCACAGAAGACAGCUGGUUACGAACAGGUUCAUAUGACCUAUUAUGUAAUCAACUUGAGUAUAUGCGCGCUCGUACUGGAGAACAUGAUCUAACAAGACUUCCGGGCAUGUCAACACUGUAUGCAAAAGGUAUUUCACUUCGUCCAAAAACAUUGAACAUUUCUGGACAACGUCCUGUCGUCUCGGGAGAUGAAACUGUUCGUUCAAGUCUUCAUGGCAGCUUGAUAGAAGAACGUGGUGAGCCAUUGUUCAGCGGAAAAACUGAAACAGUUACAACAUCACAAAAACUAGCUGGCCUACCAAUGAUUACGCCUUCACCUACUACUCUCUCAGAAUGGGAUUUCGAUGUCGAUAACGUUCACUCAGUUAGAAAGCCAGUUAAAUCAGGGUUCCUUAUUUCUUUCCUCGUCGAUGCUCGUGGUGGUCUAGUUGAAGCUCAGAGGCGACCUGAUUUACGAUUUCUUGUACCCCCUAAUGCACCCACUGGACCAUUACGCAUAAUAUGUCGUCUUCUCCGUCCGGGAAUUAUUAAUAAUCCACCAGGUUUCAACGACGGUGAUUGUCUAGCUUGCCGAAUCAUUGAGAUGAGUCCAUACCAAAUGCGUUUCUCUCUACCUAUUCUAAUUGAAGUGCCCCACAUAGUUUCAGGUAGAGGAAGAGAACGUGAAAUUAUAAUUAUUCGUAGUGAAACGGGAAAUUCUUGGAAAGAGCAUACACUAGAAGCAACUGAACAAGCAAUUCAUGACUCCUUGGGGGAUGCAUUCGACCACUCUGACUUGAGCAACGCAACUCUCAAUAAACGGAUCCACCGAAUUUUGACGUACGACUUUCCUCAAUAUUUUGCUUUAAUCUCAAGAUUUCGUCAAGAAGUGGCUUACAUAGGUUCCGAUGGAGGGCUGAUUAGUUCGACUGUGGUACCACAAGUCCAAGCAGUAUUUCCCCCGGGAUCACUUCAAAAAAGGAUAAAAGUCGGCCUACAAGCGCAACCUAUUUCUUCUGAUAUCGUCAACCGUAUAGCAGGUUGUCGUGUUUCCGUAUCUCCCAUUGUAAGCAUUGAACCUAGAAGACGAAAGUUUCAUAAACCUAUCACAUUAACAAUACCGGUUCCACGCAGCACAAGCAAACCAUGCCCAGAUGCAGCUGCCAUUUCGUCGAAAAUUCGGCUCCUCUGCAGUUUAUCUGGUGGGACAAAUCCAGCAGUAUGGGAAGAUAUCACUGGAUCUACACCAAUGACGCGUCAUAAAGACUGUGUGUCAUUCACCACAACAGUUUCAGCAAGAUUGUGGUUGAUAGAUUGUCCCAAUAAUGUAUCAGUAAAAGAACUGGCAACUCGAAUUUAUGGUGAAAGCAUUGAACCGCCGAUUUUGGGUAGAUUCGUUAUAUACGCCCGUCAUUCGACCGAUUUGAAAGCAGCAAUAAAACCGGAAACACUGGAAACUCAAUCAAGACAUUCAUCAAAUGCACAGGACGUGCGCAGAAGUAUCCCACCUGUAAAACGUUCGGCGACCGAAUUCGCUCAAAUAAGAUGUAUUUGCCUCACAGAUGACACAGAAGAUAAAACUUUGGAGUGUUUGGAACAUUACUAUCAAGUUGCGAUUGGACCGUUUGUAGAGAUACAACAAAACAAACCGGUCUGGAUUGAAAUGGUUGGAAAUUUAGUACCAGUAUUAAAAUCUGGUGAACAGCUGAACUUUACCAUUCGACCGUUUUAUGAAAAUCGCAUUACUUUUCCUGUUCGUCUGCGAGAUGUACCAGAUCUGGAACCGGAUAUAAACAUGGUCACUGGGAAAAUUGCAUUUAUGCGUGAAGCACGUAAUGUUCAAACCACAAAAGAUAUGACAAACACACAGCCACAACGUCCAAUUACUGUACUGGAGUUUAAAUUACCUAGUCCAGACCAAACAUUAGUAUUAUCAACUAAAGAGCUCGACGUAAUUGGACGUUCUGAAUUGGACCACCAAAAGUUGGCCCUUGGAAUUGGUAAAGACUGGAGACGACUGGCACCAGUUCUUGGCUUUUCUGAACAAGAUGUCAAAAUGAUAGAUAGGAUUUCGCCAGAUCUUGAUUCAGCCACCAAUGAAUUUGAUAUUGAGAACCAACGAGCUGAAAAUUUGCUUGCCCUAUGGAAACACAGAGCAGCAGCAUCAGGUUUAACAGACAAAGAUGCAUUAGGCAAUCACUUAGCUGACGCGCUUAUUAAAAUUAACCGAUCUGAUACUAUUCAUCCAAGUAUGACUGAAAUACGUACAGUAGCAGUAGAGGAAGAGAUAGUCACAGCAAACGAGAUCCUGGAGAAACGAACCACUUUGCCUGUAGUUGUUGAAGAAACUUCAUCACAUGCCAAACCAGACAAGAUACCUACUCAUGCAAGAUAUGAAACACCAGAUUUUCCAGCAGAUAUGAAAAACCAGGAAGUCAAAGAUAUUAGAGAACAAGAAACAGAGCCUGUUUUUUCUUGGUCUGAGAAUGCAUUUCUUUCAUCCGAUGAGGGUGUUUCAACAAUCUCGGUUUCUGGUACUACAGAUGGCAUUCGAAAACCAGAAGCAACUUUUUCUCAGCCUCUAUGCCAGGCUGAUCUAACAGACCAAGAAAAACUCCCUGUCAAUACGAAAAAGCUUCCAAUCCCUUCGACGUCAGUGGUUCGCCAGGCUGGAACCAUUGAAGCUGGGAUCUUACCUGAACUGAAACGAGAACUAGAAGAAAGAACACCGGAGGACAAUAUAGAUGUCUCGCGUACAAAAACACUUGUUAAUUGGCAAGAGGCUUUGUUAGCUCAGUUAGAAUCAGUUGGUAUACGCAUGGAAACGUUAACAAAGCCGAGUCAAGUGGCAGUGCCGGAAAAUGAAGAACCAGUUUACUCCAUGGAAGAAGUUUUCAUAAAGCCAAUAAGUCAGCAUGUCGAACAAAAGUCUUUUCCAAAAGACAGAAAGGAGAUGGAGAAUUUCGCACAGGAAUUAGCUGAAACACUUGGAAAACAAGUUGAUGAUGCAGUUUUAGUGGAACAAAUACCACUAAGUGGUUUGGCUGAAAUAAUAGAAGACAUAAUUGAACCAGUUACAAACGAUCGUGAAGUAAGAAUCGCAUCAGUGGCGUUAGAACAUUCAGUUGUAUCUCAGUCACCAUCUGCAUCUACUGCAGACUUUACAAUGAACGAUGCGGAAAUGAAUAAAUUUGGCACUGCAGUUUCUAAUAUUUCACAGGGGUCAUCAAGUGAAAGAUAUAUGCCGCAUGACAACUUACAACCAUAUCCUAAUACUAAUGCAUUACAAAAGAUGCAUGAAUACCUUGAAGAACAAGCAUCAUCUGCAACUGUAAGCAACGAAGAAAGGUUUGAACGUGAAGAAGAUUUGAGUUCAGAAUUACACAUCCCAUCCUUAGAAAAUCUCGUGGAUGAUGAGUCUUUCGAGAAUGCCUAUCGGAAAGCACUACGAGUGGAUACUAGUCAACAGAUUGGCAAUAUUCAAGAUGCCAAACCUACUUUAGAUGAAAUACCUACUACUGGACUACAAUCAGAAGUUUCGCCUUCCCAUGUACUUCAGAUAGAUUCGGUCAUUCCAGAUAUAAUACAACCAAUCCCGAAAGAAUCGCAUGAAUUUGAGGAGAUUGAAGAAAUUCUACCUGAUGGUACCAUAGUUACCAAGCGCACAGAAUCUGAGGAAACUACAUUAUCUGUUACUCCAGAUGAAUGGGAACAGGGUGUACAAUCUGCAAUUGAUUCGGGAGAGUAUAUGGUUGAAAAACCCGAGGAGAUUACAGAAGUAAGCAAAAGUAAUAUUAAUUUAAAAUGCGUAGUGAAGUCAAGAAUUUGA